GCCUUGUUCCACCCACUACCACAUUUCUUUAGUCUUUGCUACUUCACUUCCUUCACUUACAUUACUGAGAAAUGGAUGCCAAAAAUGUUGAGUCAUCGCCGGUAUCGGAGCCGGAAAACCAAAAGAAGGCCACCGUUGGUGUUCUUUACAAGGCAUUGGCCAGUGGUGACAUUGAGACCGUGGCCGGACUAUUAGCAAGUGACCUAGAGUAUUGGUUCCAUGGACCUCAAAAUUGCCAACACAUGAUGAGGGUGUUCACCGGGCAAAAAUCCAACACCGAGUUCAAGUUCGAGCCUCGAAGCAUCACGGCCAUUGAUGACCGUGUGAUCGCAGAGGGGUGGGAAGGAGCACAAGCCUACUGGGUGCACGUAUGGACUCUCAAAGACGGCUUAAUCACUCAGUUUAGGGAGUAUUUCAACACAUGGCUUACCGUAACAGACUUCCGCCCACUCAUAAAGGUCGUCGGGCACGGGUGCUCGACGGUGUGGCAGAGCCAGCCUAGGGACCUGGCAAAACGCUCAUUGCCGGGGCUUAUGCUUGCCAUCUGACAAUGGUGGUAGCUGAACUCUUGGUCUUGGAGAACAUGACAAUGAAAUGAACCUACUUGUAAACAUCUUGAAAAUAACAACUUUUUUCUAUCAAUGAAUUGAUGUUGUACAUUAUCUACAGGGUUCUCGACUUAAAGC